UACAACUUGACAAACAGUUGCGAAAGAGCCCGUUUACGAUUUUGUGAUUGCACACGAAGGAGGACUAUAUUUCACUGAUUUCUCGCGGUAACGCAGGAUCUACAUCAGCUGUGAGUUUUAGUUCGCUGUUUAUUUGUCGCGUGCUUCAGAAAAUGACGGAGGCUGAGCUGUACUCGGUGUAUAAAGGUGUGCACGUGCCGACGCAUUUACACCCUUCAGAAAGUCUGAAAUACUGCGAGGAGUUCACUUUCCGUCCAGACGACAUCCUGAUCGUCACUUACCCCAAAUCCGGCACAACAUGGAUGCAGGAGGUGGUUCCUCUGAUCGUGAGCGAGGGUGAUCUGACUCCGGUGCUGACGGUGCCAAACUGGGACCGAGUGCCAUGGCUGGAGGAGCACCGGGCGAUCCUGCUCAAUCUGGAGCAGAGACCUUCUCCACGCGUCUUUGCGACUCACUUCCAUCGCUACAUGAUGAACGAGUCUUACUUCAAAACAAAGCCCAGGGUUCUUUAUGUCAUGCGUAACCCGAAAGACGUGUUCACGUCCUCAUAUCACUACUAUGGAAUGGCCUCAUACCUGGUGAACCCAGGAACCCAAGACGAGUUCAUGGAGAAGUUCCUCGAUGGAAAAAUCAUGUUCGGGUCCUGGUUUGAUCAUGUCAAAGGCUGGAUUAACGCUGAAGAAAAGGAAUCCAUACUGUAUAUUUUCUACGAGGAGAUGAUUGCUGAUCUGAAAGGAUCUGUAGAGAAAAUUGCCAAGUUUCUUGGUAAAUCUCUGAGUCCAGACGUGACGGAGAAGAUCGCUGACCACUGCGUCUUCAAGAGCAUGAAACAAAACAAAAUGUCCAACCUUUCUCUGGUCCCAAAUGAAUUCAUGGACCAGAAGAAAUCUGAGUUCAUGAGGAAAGGAAUUGCUGGUGACUGGAAGAAUCUGUUCACUGAAGCCCAAGAGCAGCGAUUUAAUGCCGUUUACAAAGACAAGAUGAAAGAUGUGACGUUCAAGUUUAUGUGGGACUAAAAAAACACAUCUAUUAAUCAUACUUGCUUUUAGGUGCACAUUCACCACAAAAGACAAGUCUAGAAGAGACAUUUUUUUAUUUUUUUGAAAAUUGCUUUUAAAGACCUUUUUAAAGAAAAGACAAUGAAACGAUUAAUAAUUAAAUUAAUAAUAAUAAUUAUUAUUGACGUGUGUGAUCUUUCCAUUUUAUUCGAAUUUUGUGAUUUCAAAUAUCGCCAUACCUGACAAUCAUUAUUGUACUCUUUAUGGUAUGUGCCUGCAAAAUGGCUUGUUUUUUUGGUUUUUUAAUUUAUUGCAUAAUGUAUGGAAUAAAUGGUUGGCUAGAAUAAAUACAUAAUUUUAGUUUAGGUUCUUCUAACUAAAUGGUAAUUUCUGAUUUUUUUUUGUCCCCAGUAAAGAUCAUGAUCUUACUGCCUUAAAGGGAUAGUAAAUGCUGACCAACAUAACUUUUUAAUCCGUCUAAAUUCAUAAACAUCACCAUUUGAACUUUAAGCAUACUGAAGUUGAUUUUAACAUUUUACAGCAUUUUAAACCACCAAAUAUCACCAUUUCUUUGACUGAGCUUUGCAUUUCUUGUUUUCAUAAUAAAUGCAACACUUGCUAUAAAUACA